UUUCCUACUUCUUCUUCCUCUUCUUCUCCGUCUCUCUCCUCUGUCUUUCUAAAGCAAAACCACUUUCAUACUCCUUAAACAACUCCAUUAGAAGACCUUGACCCUUUUCCGUAAACUCUGUUCCUAAAUCUGGGUCGUGUUUAUUUUUUCAUAUUUUGAUCGAUAUUAUGCACUGAAAUCGCCAUUAAAAAAUGUCCUUUCACCACCACCAACAACACCAUAGUAGUAGUAGUACUAAUCUUCCUCAAGAAAUGGCUUUUCACCAGAACCCUUUUGCGGACCAGCCCUCACUGUCUGCCGGAGAAGAUGACGUUUCCAUCGGGGUAGGAGCUCCGACGUGGCUCAACAGCUCUGUGUUCAGGCAACAGAACCUUCUCCACUUACUGUCUGAAUCGGAGCCCCGAAACGACGACGUCUUAGGGGCAGCGGAGGGAAGCAAGAUGAACGAUUUCAUUGGCGAUCGAAGGAACCGGAGAGAAGAAGAGGAAGAAGAUGAGGAAGAUGAAGAGAGUGAGGGCGCGUGGUUCAAAGCCGAUAUAUUGCGGCACCCGCUGUACGAACAGCUGCUAUCGGCACACGUGUCGUGCUUGAGGAUCGCGACCCCGGUUGACCAGCUACCCAGGAUCGACGAGCAGCUUUCGCAGUCGCAGCGCGUGGUGUCCAAGUAUUCGGAGCUCGGGAUUAGCGGUGGCGGUGUUAGAGUGGUGGAUGAGAAAGAGCUUGAUCAAUUCAUGACAAAUUAUGUUAUAUUACUUUGUUCUCUUAAAGAGCAAUUGCAACAACAUGUCCGAGUUCAUGCAAUGGAAGCUGUGAUGGCUUGUUGGGAGCUUGAACAAUCUCUUCAAAGCUUAACAGGUGUCUCUACCGGUGAAGGCACAGGUGCAACAAUGUCAGAUGACAAUGAGGAUCAAUUAGAUAGUGAUAUCAACUUGUACGAUGGAACCCUGGAUGGUCCUGAUAGCAUGGGAUUUGGUCCGCUUGUCCCUACCGAAACUGAGAGGUCCUUAAUGGAGCGUGUAAGGGAAGAACUGAAGCAGGAACUGAAACAGGGUUACAAGGAAAAGAUUGUGGACAUUAGAGAGGAAAUUCUUCGUAAGCGAAAGGCCGGGAAACUACCUGGUGGAACCACCUCCCUCUUGAAAUCUUGGUGGCAAUCUCAUUCCAAAUGGCCAUACCCAACUGAGGAAGACAAAGCCAAGCUGGUACAGGAAACAGGCUUGCAAUUGAAGCAGAUAAACAAUUGGUUCAUAAAUCAAAGGAAGAGAAACUGGCAUAAUAACCUCUCGCCGUCGCCUUCUUCGAAGAGCAAACGGAAAAGGUGAAGCCAACAUCUUGUGUCAACAACGACUAUGUUCUUGUAAAUGGCCAACCGAGUUACAAUCACUCCCCACUUCUUAAGCUAUAUAUACUCGUCUCUCUACACUUUUCCAAGUUCAUGGGAAGCUAGCUUCAUAUAGAGAGAGAAAGGAAGAGGUAAACAAUGUCAAUGAAUCUCGAACGGGCAGCGAGAGAAGAUUAAAUGACUAUUCCAUAGAGGAUUAUAAUUCUCAUACAGAGAAGAAAACUUAUACAAGUGAAAGGAAGAAGAAAAAAAGAGAAGAUCAAGUAGAGCUUGUGUUGUGUACUACUCAGUUUAUAUGAAUGCUACAGAUUAUAGUGUCUGCUAUGUUUAUUAUUGCGCAUGAGAAUGAUUUUGAGCCUUUUAUUUCCAGUAAAAUGCAUUAGAUUAUAAUUAUAUUUGAUCCUGUAAGGGUUGUUACAAAUAUAUAAGUGCUUUAAUUUUUUAAAAUUUCAA